UAUUGAUUUUCUUUGCAGAUAUUUGAAUAUGACAAAAACAGACAAAUGACGUAAUGAACUCGGAUGAAAGUAAGUGUCUUUCCUCCCUCCAAUCCCAGAGGAAACACUGUGUCCUUUGCAGCAGCAUCGCCACGUUUUAAUGGCAGGUACGACACCUGCUGCUGCUCAGUGCGUCACCCCCAUUUAGUGGCGGACAUUGAGAGGAGGAGCUUUCGAAGAGGAGGGAGAGUGAAACUGCAGUAAGCUCUGAAGUGAUCUCACCAGGAGAAAAGAGGAACAACUGAAUCACCAGCAUCGUCCAUCACAGAGCGCCGUCACGACACAUCUGGAAAUCAGAGGGAACCGUCCAUCAUCACAGAGUCCCUUAACACAAUCUUGGAAGGACAUCCUCUGAUCAAAAUGAGGAACGAGCUUCAGAGCCCUCAACGCCAAGAGCAUUACCACAGUGGCGAGGAGAAAGAGAAGAUGGCGUGGAGAGAAAAGGAGGACAAUGAUUGGCAGCACAGCAGGGCUGAGAAGAAGCUUCUGGCCUUCUGGAUGUCCUUAUCCCACAGGACCUGGAAACUCCUCAGACCCCGAGAGAGAGCCGGCUUCCAGAGAUCCACCUCGGCCGCCCGGCUGCUGAAGAGCGAGGCAUGAAGAGGGGGAUAAGUGUGUGUGUGGCUGUAGUGUGUGUGUGUGUGUGUGUGUGUGUGUGUGUGUGUGUCUGUGUGUGUGUCUGUAUGUGUGUGUGUGUGUGGAGGUCUGUCAGUAGCAGAGUGUCAGAAGAGGCCUCACAAACCUGCUGUCAAGUGGACCCAUGUGUGUGUGUGUCUUAAUGUGUGUGUGUGUGUGUGUGUGUUUUAUUUGAAGUGGAUGAAAGCAGCUUCCUCUGAUUAGUCCACCAUUUCGAAAAUCAGUGCUGGAGUGACAUCUGAAGGGCAAAACAAGCCGGUUGCGUUUUCAUAUCAAACUUCUGCAAGAAACCAUCGGCUGUGACUCAAAAAAAGAAAGAAAAAUCGACGUCUUGUCCGCGUUUCCACUUUCCAGGAGCCCUAAUUCUAGGCACAGAAAAGUUGUACUUCCUUACUGGAGACUACAAAAUAGGCAGUGAUGGGGUAAUGGGUUCAGCCAUGGUGGUGACCCAUCUUCUGGAGCUGCGUUUCCAGGGGAAGAAGCUGAGGGGCUUCAGGUGUAAACAGACCCGCUCUGCACACGGUUUACUGUCCAAGAGCUCGUGGAGCAUCACAGCCCAGAUCCUGCUGCCCUACCUGGUGUCCGGGCUGGGCAUGGUGGCCGCCGGGAUAGUCAUGGAUGGAGUGCAACACUGGGAGGUGUUCAGGGAGAUCUCCGAGGUGUUUAUCUUGGUGCCGGCGCUGGUCGGGCUGAAGGGGAAUCUGGAGAUGACAUUGGCAUCCAGACUGUCAACAGCAGCGAACACUGGGCAGCUGGACGAGGCUCAGCAGCAGUGGAGGAUGGUGCUCUGUAACCUGGCUCUCAUUCAGGUCCAGGCUACAGUGGUGGGCUUCCUGGCGGCCAUUGCUGCCGUGUGUCUGGGGGCUUUGACCCGUGGGGGUGUGGACGUGACUCAGGCUGCGGUCCUCUGUGCCAGCAGCGUCACCACGGCUUUCAUCGCUGCGCUGACUCUAGGUUUGGUGAUGGUGGCGGUGAUUCUUGGAUCCAGGAAGAUGGGCAUCAACCCGGAUAAUGUGGCCACGCCCAUCGCUGCGUCGCUGGGAGACCUGGUCACUCUGUCACUGCUCUCUGGGGUCAGCAGGCUGUUCUUCUGCUACAGAGCCGUGUGGUUCCUGCCUCCUGCAGUUUGUCUCUUCUUCCUGCUUCUCAUCCCGCUCUGGGUCAUUAUUGCCCGUCGCUCUCCACCAAUCAGUGAAGUCCUGAAGUCCGGCUGGCAGCCAGUCAUCAUGGCCAUGUCCAUCAGCAGUAUUGGUGGUCUGAUUCUGGAUAAGACGGUGAGCAAUCCAAACUUUGAAGGGAUGGCCGUGUUCACUCCCGUCAUCAACGGCGUAGGGGGAAAUCUUGUUGCCAUUCAAGCCAGCAGGAUGUCCACGUACCUUCACUGCUGGACUGUUCCUGGAUCUGUUCCCGUUACGAUGAGUGGAAACUGUCCCGGACCCUUUGCUACCCUCUGCUCCUCAGAUGUUAACUCCAAAUCGGCGAGAGUCCUGGUUCUCUUCGUGGUCCCGGGUCACCUGCUCUUCCUCUUCACCAUCCACCUGCUGCAGGGGGGCCACAUCGCCAUGACGACCACCUUCAUCAUCUGCUACCUGUGUGCAGCGCUGCUUCAGGUGGUGAUUCUGCUGAACGUGGCCGGCCUGAUGGUGCGCUGGCUCUGGAGAAGAGGUCUGGAUCCGGAUAACUUCUCCAUCCCGUACCUCACGGCUCUGGGAGACUUGCUGGGGACCGGCUUCCUGGCUCUGAGCUUCAGACUCAUCCAGAUGUUCAAUUCUUCUAGGACUUGAGUUUGAAACAGACUCCCUGAGGGCAUUGUUCUCUGUAUGCAAGUGGAUUAAACACACUUGCAACAAAGUCAUUAGGUUUGAGAAGGAAGGUGCUGAUUAAAAAACAAAGGAAGUUAGUGUGCUGUUAUAUUUGUGCCUCAAAACUGGGCAUCCAAAUUAGAUUUUCUUUCCUGAAAAAGGAUAGAAUUGUAUUUAUUUAUAGCAUUUUGCACGGAUCAACUGAGAUAAUUGCUCAGAAUAUGCCUUUGUGCUCUGGAUUGAGGCACUUUGUAGAAUAUGGUGAUGAAAGUGUUGACUUUCUAUAUUUGCUAAAUCACAGUGCAGUAGUUGUACUCUGAACCAAUCGAUACCCUCCAGCUUUGCUCAGUAGAAACAACAAGUUGGAUUACUGUAGAACAGCUGUUACCUGUUGACACAUCUGUAAACCUAUUGUCAGUCCUUAUGGUUCAGGUGUUUUGUAGUGAGGUUGUAUGAGGUACUAAUCCAUAGUCAGUCUAACAGACAGUAGAGGUGGUCAAGGUCAAAUAUGGAGAAGCAGACAGGAGUUACGGCACAUAAAUGCAUCAUUGCCACCUAAAAAACUAUAUUAUUUUAAAUGUAUGAUUUAUUUUCACCUCUUUACCGACAGGGAACUGAACUGGGUUUCUUAAAAAGACCCUGAGACAGAGGUGUACAGGCAGUAUGAGAACAAUAAAGAGCUUUUUAAACAUUAAAGCGUGGAGACAUGAGACACUACAUACACAUAUGAACCUAACCAUGUGCUUAAUAGGGCCCUUUUGAAGUGAUGGAUCAUUGUAGGUAGCUGAAUUAGGUUGUUGUUAUGCUCCGUAUGUCCUCCUGUAAAUGUGUAAUGCGUCUUUAUACUGUAGCAUUUUGUAACCACCACUCAAAGCGCUUUACAAAACACACUUUCACCCAGAGACGACCAGACAAGGUGCCACAGUAGCCACACACACACACACACACACACACACACACACACACACACA